AUGCGUGGAGCAGGAGGAGGGAGUGCCGGGGGAGGGCGGUGGAGGACGCCAUUGCAGAGGGGCAGCGGCGGCGGCGGUGGCGGAGGAGGAGGAAGGAGAAGAGUGAUCUUUAACAAGGAGGAGGGGUUAAGAAGGGGCGAUGGAGAGAGGGAGGGAUAGGCUGCGCUCGGCGUGGCCAAUUGGGGGCCUCGUAGGUAUCCCCCAUCAGGAACCGUCCAUUCCAUGGACUCAAUGGGGGGGAAGGGGCCCCAUUCCCGCUUCCCCCCCCCCCCCCCCCAUUCCAUGGACACUAAUUAUUUUUGCUGGAUUUCACCACACCAGUCAACGGGAAAAAAACCCUUUUUUAAUCUUCGAAAGGUGUAUUUUUUUGCUUUUUUAAUGAGGGAGUAUCCGAAGGCAGUUCAAUGCCUUCGAAUUGUAUAAAAAAAACAUUGGGCUAAGCUCAUGUUAGGUUUAUUUUUCGCGUAAGAUCAAUAAAGUCAACGCCCUCUGCUGACACCCGGGGGGGGGGGGGGGGGGUGAAUUGACUGAUAUUCGUUCUGGCCGAAAGAGGUGACAUAUGAUUAGUGGAUGACAAUUCCACCGUUGACAUCCAAAGAGGGACGACGCCAGACCAGUUACCGCUCUCGGUCAGCGGGCAUGCCCCGCGUCUGGUUUCUCCAUGGGGAACGCCCGUAAUCCUCACCAGCAACUAGCACCCGCUGUUCUGUUAUGUGUUUUGAUCCAUCAAACACAUCAUUCGGUUGGGAGAACAACGCGAUUUUCUAUAAAAAUCAGGUUUUUCUGAAUUUUUGUAUCUAUCUUAAAUAAUGCAACAUAUUGUAUGUAUAAUAAGAGAAAAUUCGAAAUUCGGGCGGUGGGCGUCUUAGAUGAUCCGAGAUGAGGACGAUCCGGAUAAUUAUACCGUCUAUAUUAUUUAAAUGUACAUCAUGUGGAGUAGCGAUUUGCGAUUAUAAGAAAAAUAAUGGAACUCACAAGGCUUGCGCAGCUGAGUUCGAGCUAACCAACAAGCGAUAGAGAGAGAGAGAGGGAGAGUUAAUAGUUUGAACUGUCUACAGUGUAAAGGACUGGUCGAAGCACCGGUUUAACUCGUAGAAGAUAAUUCACGUAGGUUACAGUCAAUAGUCAACGCCAUUAUUAGUUUCCUUUGCUCCAAACAGCUCGUGGGCAGUUGAAAAACCCAGCUUUUAAGUCUGCAACAAACGCACCGACAAAGCCCCCUCAACCCGCCCGCAGGUCCACACCCGAUUUCUCUAAGCCGGGUUGAAAAUAUCAGGACUCAGGUUAACACCUCCCCCCCCUCUCUCUCUCUCUCUCUCUCUCUCUCUCUCGCAAGCUUAUGGCAUGGGAGGACUGUUCUUUGAGAGGGGGGGAGGGGGUUCGAUGAAGGGUGGGUUGAAGAGUCUGAGGUCAGGAGGGCAGCCAUGCCACUGGCGGCUUCUGGGCUGGUGUUGUUAACGCUUGGGAUAAUGAUGUCCGGGGAGAUGAGCCUCACAAACUCUCUCAGCUCAGUGAAGCUGGAAUGCUCGCUGUAGGGGACUUCAUACCUGAAGAAAUCAGAUAUCAGAUCAGUAAUUAGGAGAUCUUACAGCAAAACAUGCAGAUCUAAACGAUUACAAGGAAGCGAGGAAGAGAGGGAGAGAUGAGUCUUUCUAUGAUGAGUUGACCUGAUAAUGGUUCCCUGCUGCCACCUCGUCCCAAGAGCCUUGUUCUUCUUCUUCUUCCCCUUCCCAUAGCUCCACCCAGUAGGGGAGAAGGCGACCAUCAGAUCGAAGCGGUUCUAUAACAAGAGCAUAAAAAGAUUAUGAGCACCGAUCAUCGUCGUCGAAUUAUUUGUAGUCAUCGAAUUCUCUGAGAAGCUGACUCACAGAAUAAUGUUUCCAUAAAUGGUUCAUCCGCUUGAAGCUCGCGAUUGUCCACAUGGGCACGACGUGGACGUGGCUCUCCAUCUCAUUCUCUGUAAGCCAAUCCAUGUCCUCCUGGGGAAGCCCCAGGCACUCCAGCAGCCUCAGCUUCGCUGCCCCAACGUACACCUUCUUCCUCAAGACCCGGGCAAUCUCCAGGAAUAUCCUCUCCUUUCCUGCACUUGAAAUGGAGAUAGUAGCAUCAGUAACUUAAUAUAUCACUCUUAGAGGCUAUCCCUACUGCACUCAUAGUAGCAUCAAUUCAUUUUUUCUUGCGACAAGUAAUUGAUGCAUAUGGAGAGAGAGAUACCGAUUGUGUAGCUACCGAUCAGGAAGAGGGUUUUGGGAUUGAAAGCUUCAGCUUGAAUGGCCUCGACUAUGAACUGUACGACGGCGUCCUGCCUCGGGAAAUCAUACUGUAGGAAAUAAUAAGAAUCUAUGGUCAAGUCUCCGAGAUGUAGAGCCCAAGCUGAUAUGAGUUGCUUACUUGGGGAUUGCAGUAGGUCGUAUCAAGUAUGAGAGUGUGGAUACGGCAAGAUCUCAGAAUAGGACAUCUGCCCAGGUCCUCGCAAUAUCGGAAGUCUCCAGUGUGCAACACUGGCUGAAACCAACAAUCAGAUGAUUCAGAUUCCAAGAAAAACCAAUAAUCAUGAUACGAAUGGGAAAUCAUGUGGGGAAAGGUGAUGGGCCCUCACCUUGCCAUUAGGGGGCUCAAAGAGGAUGAUUAUAGAACCUGGGCAAUGAUUUGCAUCCACACAUGUCACCUCGACACCAGAAAUAUUAAUCCUCUCGUUGAGAGGUAGAACAUGUAGGAUGUUCCAGUCAAUGCCGAUCUUGGAAUUCAAGAGGCGGGCGGUGAUUGAGGAGCAAUAUAUCUUCCCGUGGCGGAAGCUCCUGGUAAGCCCUUGAUAAUCUGCGAGAAAAAUAAUCAUAACUAAACCUUAAGAAAUCUUAUUUACUGCCACUUUGUUUCUAUGUUCUUUGCUGUUCUAUAGUAAUUUUAUACGAGUGAUUCCCUGGUUAUACUAGCAAGUCCUAAUGUUUGAGACUAGAAAGAUUUUGACUUUCUUGCGAGUCUGGUUCUCUUUUACUUCCAAAUUACUAGUUCUCGAUGGAAACUUACGAUCCAGAUGGAAGUGUGUGAGGAACCAAUGUGAGCAAUCUCCCCAAAGAUAACGGAAUGCAUCCUGUUCACAAACGAAAAGAUUCUGUUAGAACCCUCCGAUCCAAGAUCUGCAUAAAAAUGUUGAGAAAUUUUCAGGGUUUUUCUGCAAGCGACUGAACACAACAGAUCCCAUGUGAGGCAUUCAAACUGUAGAAUUCAUCAAAAUGCACAGGAAAGAUGAGGAGAAUUCUCUGCUCAAACCUCAAAUAAGCUAAUCAAGUGAAGGAAGUUACACAUGUGGGAGAUCAACUCAUUACGAUACCCACGUGUAUAUCUAUAUCUAUAUAAAUAUAUAUCUAGCUAUAUAUAUAUAUAUAUAUAUAUAUAUAUAUAUAUAUAUAUAUAGAGAGAGAGAGAGAGAGAGAGAGGCCGUCUAGAAGUUCAGCCGAUUAGCAGGGAAUCAUAUUCUUCCCCCAAAAGAGUACUUGUAGAAAAUUCUAUUAACCGAGAAAAAAUAAAGGAUUAAUUGAAAAUGAAGGACUUCUUGUACCACUCGGAAAGGUGUUCCUGGGAUGCAACACCAAGCGGGAAUAUCUUGAUAUCUUAAACUGCUUCUGUGACCCCUCCUUCCGGUCUCCUUGUUGGCCCUCUCGACCUUCCUUGGAGGCUUGGUGGCGCCACAAUCUGGAGGUGCUUCAGGGACGGUCUGACAUCUGCUUUGGACAGGUCUGGGACCCCGAAAAAACUCUGUAAUCAGUUUGUUCCCACCAAAUUGCUUCGCCUUGUCGCUAGAAUUUGCAUUAGAAAUGCCUGAUCCUGUGGUUCCGCUAUGACUAUUUCCUCGCAUCCCAUUGAGAGCAUGCACAAUCCUCUUCCCUGGACCAAGGGCGUCGAUGCCCAGAUUGAGCAGAUCCUGGAAGGAGUUGACGCUGGUCAAAUUCAACUCAGAAAAAUAUCACUUUUGCAGAAAAAUAUGACCUUGGGAUUAUCAUCCCAGAAGAAUAUAGACUGAAAAAUGAUGCGGCAACAGGUGUCGUUGAUGCAAGUUUGCUGCUUUUCUUGGAGCAAACAGAAUAAAUAGAAUCGCAACUGAUGACAAGAUAAUAUGUUAUGGUACCUCCUCUGUUAAACAUUGAAGGGUGUCCCAAUCGAUCUCCUCUCUGACAAAUACUUCUUCGUACCUGGAUAAACCCAAAGUCUUCAACCACUGAAUCAAUGGAGUGCUGUCGACGGCUGGCUUAUCUGAAGAUGGGUUUCUUUCUUUGGAGGAAACCGUCACCUGCGAGAGCAAGAUUCUGCUAAAUGAGAGCAUAAUUAUAGUAAGAUAAGCCAUGAGAAUUGUUUUCACGACAGCGUAUUAUUGUGGCAUGAAAUGUACAAUAAAUUGAAAGCCAAGUAUAGAUUAGCAAGCAUAUUUUCCGAUCAAAGAAAUCAUUCUUGAUGCAAAGAAAGUAUGGAAAUUGAUCAUGAUUUUCUGUUUGGGAAUCCAAUGUAGCAGUUUCAGUGCAUGCAAACGGGGCGGAAAAGAACGAGGGAGGUGGUGAGGAGACUUUGCCUUCGCCUGUUCUUCUCUGUCUAGGCAAAGAUUCGUGUGGGCAAUCCGCAGCUGCUCCCCCAGCUCUGUAAUAUCCGUCCCGCAAAUAGGACACUCCACCAAAGUUCCAGAGGCAUUCCCCUUUUCAAAGGGGAUCCCAUAAUCCAGAUUUCCUCCUUCAUCCAAUUCCGAGCACAGAUUCAUCAGCUCCUUUAGCUGGGUUCCUGCCUCAAUGUCCUCACUCAGAUCUUCUCCUUGGCAGUCGUCCACCAUCCCUUCACCGCCACCCAAGCAAGGCCCUAAUAACCUGACCUCGAUUGGUAUGCAGCAGUAACUCUCCUUCUGCGCUGAACAUGUCUCCCUCUCCCUGCCGCCGUCGAUUUCUCUAGCUUGACUCGAUCUUGCUUCCGAUGAUUCUUCAACGGCUUCUUCAGUUAAAACCAGUUUACUGGUAUUUGGCUCUCUGGAAUCGCCGCCAUUCCCUCCACGCCAACCAAGUCCCGUAGAUUUCCCCGGGGGGACACCAUUGAUCCUUUUUACCUCUCCCACUUUAGCAAUCUCGUGAAACGCACAAGAAUCCACGGACGGAUUUCCGAGAGUUUCUGCGGCACGAUGUGGAGUUGGAUUCACCUCCGCUUUAUCACCCAUGGCGGCGCUGAGUUGACGCUGAAUCUUCCGUGAGACCUCCCUGUUCUCCUUCCCCCCGACAGCGGGGGCGACCUUCACCCUCUUCCUGGGGCGAUUGGCGCCAUUGGAUGGUCCAAGGGGCAGUGAGCCGGAGGAUUCCCUUCUCCCUCUUGAGGCACCCUUGACGGACCAGGGGACGAGGCGCUUGGCGAGGGAGAUGUAGCCGACUGGCUCCUGGAAGUCGUCGUCGUCGUCGUCGCCCCCCAUAGCGAAGGCUACCGCAGGGCUCCGCCUCUCCUCCUCCUCCGGUGUUUCGGCAACGGCGAGCGCUCCUCGUCCUCUCCUCCCAUCUCCGUUUGAAAUGAAAUCGUUGGAGGGAAAGGCGACAAACACCCGACGUACUUCCCCUGCUCUUCCCCAGUUUGUACCGCCGCCAUCCGACUACCCAUUCGGAAAACGCCACACCACCCCCGAUGAAAACAUGCGGAGUCCCCACAUAACGCCGCCACGCAGGUCCCACGCAAGUAGCGGGUUGCAACUGCGGGCUCAUCUGUAUUUCAUGCUCUGUGAACUCUGAAUGUGCAUAACUCACGAGAGAGUAUGAGGAAACCCACCCCCUUUCUUCCCGUCACCAUAACCAGGGAGGAGGAGGAGGAGGAGGAGGAGGAAGAAGAAGAAGAAGAAGAAGAUCAAUCAUGGCGAAUUCCUCACCAGCCGGCCCGUCUCAUCAUAACGGUCCAAACCAGGACAGGGCUCGGGGGAGAUGGGCCCAAUGGCCCGCCCCUGUAUGAAGGCGCACUCAAAGGCAUCCUUCUUCUUCUUGUCGACCAUGCCGAUCUCCACGUCUCGGAAGGUGACGCCCUUCACUGGGAUCUCCUGGGUGCCCUGAAUUCUGACUGGGGCCCGCACCCGGCGGCCACGUAUCCCCAUGUAGGUGACGUUGCAGAGCUCAGGGAAGGCCUUGGGGUCAAAGCCUUCAUCCGCGUGCUCGUUGUAGUUGGUCUUGAUCACAAUUCCCACACGGACAUCUUCUAAGGUCACGUUCUGGUAGGUGAUGUUGCGGACAUAGCCGCCUCGUCCCGCGGCGGUCUUGAUCCUCAGGCCCCUCCUGGAGCUCCACACCGUGACGUUCUCCACGGUGACGCCGGAGACCCCGCCGGACAUCUCGCUGCCGAUCGAUAUCCCGGCGCUGCAAGGAGGAGAUGGGAGGAUCGUAUCAUUGAGGAGGGGGUUGACUUUUGAUGCUGGCAGCUGGUCAUGGAUUGAUGAUGGCGAUCUUGGAUUCUCAGGGGAAGAAAGGUUUGGAAGUGCUCGACUGUAGAAGUAUAUUGCAGAUUGCGUUUGUGGGGAAGAAGAAAAAAACCAUAUUUCAAGGGGAUACUGAAGAUGGCGAAGAAAACCAUCACAGGCACAUGAUCCGACGGAAGAAAUUAGGAAUAAAAUAUAUUCCUUUGGCCAUAAAUUGCUUCCCUGAUUGCAAGAAACAUACAGAAUUCAACAAAUUCCCAGAGGACCCGCCCUCUGAUUGCACCAACUGACGUGAAUCUGGAUAUUCUAUGAAAUUGACUUGCCUGGGAGAGAGUCCAAGAACCUCACCUCACGUUGGAGCGAACAACGAGAUUGCGUAUUAGGAUGUUGGUAGAUGGCCGGCCAUAAGAAAUUCCAUACUGGUCCCAACCGCUCUUUAUUGCUAUUGCAUCAUCCCCCACGCAAAUGUAACAAUUCUCUAUCACUACAUCCUCGGACGAAUCUGCAUAGAGCCAUCUUUUCGUCAAAGAAAGGAACAUACAUAUAUCACAUGCAACCAAUACUACACCUCACUGCUGAGAUCUAGACGAGAUUUUAUGGGCUUAGAGAGAAUUCAGUAAGUUUGGUGCAAUACAAAUUUACAUGGUUGAGUGAAACUUUGCUAGCAGAUGGUUAUAGCCAAAAAGAUGGAAGGGGUUCCUCUUCUACACGGUCAUAUCGAGAAAUAAUCAAGGUAAGAUUGAAAAGAACUCAGAGAGAGAAGAUGAUAAUAAUGUAAAAGCAACCUCAGCUGUAGAAUACUGGUGAAAGCAACUACUAGGCGCCUGAAGUCAAUUAAUCCAUUCUAACCUGGAUCUAUCCCAUCUGUGUUAGGAGCCUGAAACACGGGGGCUAAGAUUGUCACAUUUGAGAUGGUUACAUUCUUGCAGGCAUAUGGAUGGAGCGUCCAGAAAGGAGAGUCACGUAGUGUUAUGUUCGCUAUUACUAUGUUUCUUGACCACAUAAGCUGCACGAGAGGACCCCUCGUGUAGUUGAGUAGUUUACGGUAAUGCUUGGUCCACCAUGAUCUGCCUUGCCCAUUGAUAGUACCAUUUUCCCCUGUAAUGAAAAAAUGAAAAUAUUAUCAUAAAACUCAUCCACAAAGUGAGAGAGUAAGUCUCUGUUCAAAGGACAGACAUGAUAGUGAAGCAAAUUUGUGGAUUCGAUUUGCAUGUCAGUCAAAAGAACCACGAGGAAAAAAGCAUGGAGUGAAGCAAAUUUGUGUGUAGUAGAACAAGAAGAGGUAGAGUUAAAUACCGACCUGUUAUAACAACAUUCACGAGAUUUUGACCGUGUAUCAGACUCCCAUAUCGAGGCCCUCGCUGCUCCCUUCCAUAUCCGUAUGAGGGCAAUGGCGGCAUCAAGGGCCAGUAUUUCUCAUCCUAUCAAAUGUUAUGACACAAGAAUAUUAUUGCAACCUACUUCGAUAAAAAAAAAAUUCAGCUUUUUAUAUCUCAGGCUAUGCAAAACACUAUUAUUUGUUAAAUCAGCAUGGAGUGAUAUGUCAUGGAUCAUAGUCCCUGAAAAUUUUUCAAGCCCAGAACUGUUCACCAGAGUCAUAACUACUUCUUAUGGAAAUAUCAUAUAGCACAUGAUUUUGCGUUCUUGUCGGCUGUAGAGCUAGGAAACUCAGAGUGAAUGACCUGGUGUAGCACACCUUGAUAAAGUACUUGGAAACUAAAAACUUGGAACUGUCGCUCACAGAGAGAAGACUGUUGUGUUCUAGAUGUCAAGAGUUUUGUAACAAAAGGAAUCCUAACUUAUCCACCGAGAUUAUGGGGACGAUCCAUGGCCAAUAAUUGGUAAGAGGCGAAUCUAGGUCCAUGUUCCAAAUUUGGCAGAUGCCAUCGACCAUCACAGUCGAUCACAACUGCGAUGUUUAGAUGAGGAUGCGAUUUCUUACAUGAAAUAUCAAAAUUCCUAACUAUUUUGAUAGCCAAGAGGAUGAAAAACUAAAUUUAGAUGAAAUAAGAAUAAUCAAAGACAUUCUUCAAUUCACAUUAUUUUCUUAAAUUCUGCGUGAGAAGGGAAUUAAAAAAAAGGUAAGGAUAUACUUGACCAAAGAGUAAAGAGACGGUUUUUCCAACAUGCGAGUAAUACCAGGGAGAAAAGUAAUAAAUGAUCCAAUAGUUAGAAAUCGCAGGAACGAGUGAUCCAUUGGCAUCCAUCUUGGAGGGAACCUUCUACGGAGCAUGACUGUUUGAAGGAUACUACUGUUCAGCGUUGCUUGGAGAAUUUAAUAUGAAUCUCGAGCUCCGAACAGUUCAUCCAUGUCACCAUGAAAUAAUUGACUAGCAUUUCACAUAUAACCUGACAUUUUGUCCUUGAAGGUAAUAAAAUCAAUUUCCAAGCGAGUUCAUCUGAUUUAUUGUAUAUUAACCGAUAUGGAGAGAAAAUAAUCAGGAGGAGGAUAUAAUACUCACGUUUAUUCCCAGUAUCUCUGCCCCUUGAGCAAGGAACAGCGUCAUGUUGCUGGUUAGAUUAAAGGGGCCGGUGAGCCACUUCCCGGCCGGCACAUUAAGCUGUCCGCCGCCCUUUCCCCCCAGCAACUUGAUCGCUGCAACGGCGUUCUCGAAUGCUCCCGUAUUCAACGUGAUCCCAUCACCAACACCGCCGAAGUCCGUUAGGUCAAGCGCCCGUGCUCGAAGCGGCGCUGGUCUCGCCGGGGGCGUUAGCCUAAAGAUCCGAAGCCUGUCCACAGAUCCCCCCUGCCAUACGAACACCGACGCCAGUCCUACAAUCCACAGCGCCGCAAGCAUCGUCUUGUACGAAGAAACUAACCCCAAGAUCCAUAGGUUGUGAAAGUGGAAUCUCCCGCUCGGCGAAGACGGCAACGUGUCCGACAUGAUGAAAUUUGGGAUAAUACGUUCAGCUAAAGGAUCCAGUUUCCACAGGAAACAAGAAAUCUCCACGAGCUGGAUCCAAUUGCCGUGGUUGGAACGGGGAUCCCGGGAGGAGGGGAUCGCGAUUCCAGAGCAUCAGUUACGGAAGAGGAAGACAAUCUUUAAGCACGGCAGGAAUGGAGUAGCUUGCAAGGGGAAGCCGGAGUAGAGAUGUGUUCGGUAGCGUCUCCACCCAUCACUCGCCAUUUCAAACCUGCUACGGCCGGCGCGCCCCCCGCCCCUCCCCCCCACCACUUAGCGGAAGAAACAGAAGACUUCCCAAAGGGGAAGACGACUCUGAACUACUUUGUUUCAUUUAAGCCAUCCAUUAGUUCAAAGUUGUCUAAAUUACCCACGCAUAAUGACAUUUGCUCGGGCAUCCCAUCAGUUUGUAGGACCCACUUGGGGCGACUCGCCCCCUACAUUUUCUGUAUAAAAAAGUAUUAACGAAACUUUCAACAUAAUAGUUUAUUUCGAAGAGUAGGAGUCGGUGUACGUACGUCCGUGGGGCGGAAGGUCAGAGUAGAACGUUGACUUUUUCAUCCCCCCAACUGCUAAUCCUAACUUAUGCGCAUUCAUUCUAGCAAAAAUAAUUGUAGUAUAGGACAGUAUUUUAUUGCAUCGUCGAUCGAUUACAUUGGAAACGUGGCGGCAUGUGAUUAGACGUAUCCGCGGAACCGCUCGCAGCUCCGUCCACGUACCCUCAAAGGAGGGCCUUUCUGUCUACACAGCGUUGUUCUGGUCGUUACCUGAUGAGGUGACGUCACCGACGGUUCUGAGAUUACGGACCCAGACGGCAAUUGGGCUGGCGUGGGGAGCCAGCUGGCCACUCCCAGUUCGCCUUGCGGGUCCCUUUUCGCCGGAGGAUUUUUGCCUAAAGUCUCCUGAAAGCUACCACCCAUGCAUAAAACUCUUGAAUGUUUCCCAAAAAAAUAUUUCCGGGUGAAAUAGUCGUUGUUCAAAUAAAUAAUAGUAUUUUGAGGGUAUUUAUGAAAAGACGUUAAUAUGAGGGGGUAAGAAGGGGAAAAAUAUUACAAGAGUGGGCACUCUCCUGCAAACUUGGCGGUUUCUUUCCAGAUCCUUCCUAAGACUACUGCCCCCCCCCCCCCUUCCCUUAUCUCCUUGCCUCCGACUUGGACUAUUCAGCCCACGCCGGAAUGGACGGCUGGGAUGGAGAGGAGGCGGCGCCGCCUUCCGCCGCCGGGCUAGCGCCGCCGAUAGAAGUGAUGGCUGCGGAGAUGCUGAUUCUGCGGCGGGACGCCGGCGCACCGGCGGAGCUCGGCGGAAGGGUGCUCUUCGACGGCGGAGACCGCGGCGACGCCGAUCGAUACCUCCGUGCCGUGGACGAGAUCCGGCGAUACUUGGAGGUCGCCGGCGGGAGCGGCGCUAGCCCGCAGCUGGCGGCUGCGAUCCAGGUGGCUAUGGCGCGGCUGGAGGACGAGUUCAGGAGCAUCCUGGUGACGCGGGUCAACGCCGUGGAGAUCGACUCGCUGGCUGCCAAUCUGAGCCUGGCUUCUCUGUCGUUGGCGGACUUCUCGACGGAAGGUAGCGGAGGGGUGAGUGAGAGUUAUUUCGGGGAAGACAGCGCGGAGGUGGAGGAAGAGGGCGCGGAGGGGAGCAGUUUCCACUAUGGGGAAACGAUCAGCAGGACCUCUACUACGACGAGCAAUAACAGCUACCGGUUUGGGAGCAGCAUCCGGGAGGUCGAUCUGUUGCCAGAUGACGCGAUUGAGGACCUCCGGAGCAUUGCGGAGCGGAUGGUGGCUUCAGGCUACGCCCGGGAAUGCUUCCAGGUCCACGGGAGCGUACGCAAGGCGGCGGUGGACCGCAGCCUCUGUCAGCUCGGCGUUGAGAGGAUCAGCAUCGGCGACGUGCAGCGGCUAGAUUGGGAGGUUCUGGAGGGGAAGAUCCGGCGGUGGAUCCGUGCUGCCAGGGUCUGCAUCCGCGUGGUCUUCCCUAGCGAGCGGCGUCUGUGGGAUCAGAUAUUCGAGGGGAUCGUCGCCGCCGGUGGGGACGAUUCACCCUUCGUGGAGACAGUGAAGGGCGCGGCGAUCCGGCUUCUAAACUUUGCCGAGGCCAUCAGCAUCAGCCGCCGGACCCCAGAGAAGCUCUUCAAGAUAUUGGAUCUCCACGACGCGCUCUCUGAGCUCCUCCCCGAUGUGGCGUAUGUCUUUCUCCGGCUCCGGGCUUCAGAUCCCAUCCACACCCAAGCGACUGAGAUCGUUCAUCGACUUGCUGAGGCUGCACGGGGGAUACUCUCAGAGUUUGAGAGUGCGGUUCGCCAGGAUCCUUCCCGGAUCCCUGUUCCCGGUGGUACAGUCCACCCGCUGACGAGAUACGUGAUGAACUACACCUCGCUCAUCUCAGAUUACAAGGCCACCCUCACCGAGCUGAUCGUCGCGAUGCCGUCGUCGCCAACUGGUUCCCGGUCUUCAGAGACGUCAGGGGAGGGCGACACUUCGCUCCCCAUGAUGGAGAUGGACGUGCCAGAGGUGGAGGGUCAGUCCCCUCUUUCAGCUCAUGUUACCUGGAUCAUCGUCCUCCUCCAAAGCAAUCUCGAGAGCAAGGCUACGCUCUACAGGGACGGCGCGCUGUCCCACUUCUUCCUCAUGAACAACGUCCACUACAUUGUUCACAAGGUGAGAGGGUAUCCCGAGCUACGGGAGAUGAUCGGAGACGACUAUCUGAAGAGACUGACGGUGAAAUACCAGCAGUCGGCGACUAGCUACCGGAGGUCAACUUGGAAGCGCGUUCUCCAAUGGCUAAGGGAGGAGGGUCUACCAUCGAGUGGGAGCUUCUCUUCAGGCAUCUCCAGGAGCGCGUUGAGGGACCGAUUCAGGGCCUUCAAUUCAGCCUUUGAUGAAGUCCACCGGGCGCAGGCUUUGUGGACUGCACCCGACCCCCAGCUUAGGGAGGAGCUGAAGAUUUCAAUAUCAGAGUUGUUGAUACCUGCUUACCGUGCUUUUCUAGGUAGGUUUCGUCACCACAUUGAGAGUGGGAGACACCCUGAGAUGUAUAUCAAGUACUCGGUCGAAGACCUUGAGGUGGCACUAUCGGAGCUCUUUGAGGGUAGCUCACCUUCACUUCAUAACAGGAGACGAUCCCAUGCAUGAAGAAAAAAGCUGUGUUAUAGUUGCAGACCGCUGGGUACACUAAAUUGUAUUCUUUCAAUCUUUUAAGGGCUUGAUUCAGCAGGGGUAGUUCCAGGUUCAGCAGGACUCGAUUCUUGUACAACAUGGAUGGGUUGCCUCCAUGGAUUUGACUGCGAACAAAAGGGAAGAUAUGUAGGCCGGCUGAAGGCAGUACCUGGAUAGCCCUUUCCUCUGUAAGCAAAUUGAUUUAAUUUCUGGCAUGAACUCGCGCUUUACCUUCACUGUGCUCAUAUAAAAAGCAUGGUUCAGCUUGUUCUUCCUCUUUGGACUUGAGUCGCUCACAUUUGAUGCUCCGGAUGCUAUAACCACUCGCGGAUGAUCUAACUUUAGCACUGUCUUAUGAUCGAUUGAUUGAAGUCCUCUUGAGCGAGGACUUCAAACUUGAUUGAUUGAUUGAUUAAAUCAAUAGAACGAGCGAGGACUCCAAACUUGGUAUGCCACCUUCUGAAUUGGUGACCUCUGAAGCCCCUCCAUCCCAAGUACGGAAUCAUCGUCAAUGCUUCCAGGAUUGAUUUCUGGCAUCGGGGCAGUGCUGCGAGUCUCAUCGCCCAGCCACACUCAUGCUUCUUGAUGUCUCUUCGUAUUUGACUCUAGACUCCUGAGAAUUUGAAUUAUAUGACGAGCAGUUGCCCGCCUGUUAUUAUCCAUCCCUCUUCCAGACUCUUUUGGAAUCGUCGUAAUUCUUUCAUCCCAAAUGCAUCUCUGCAUCGUGGUAUCCGCCCAAGGCAUUGUAAACUUCAUAAAUUUCCAUGCAGAUUCGGUGUGUAUGGACAGAACAUGUUGCGAACCCAACAUCAAAGGACCUCUUCGUCGAUUUUCUUGUGGAAAUUUCAUACUAAUGUGUAGACUUUUCAGGUUUGAGCUCGCCAAAUUGCAGCCGGCUGUGGAAGGGACUGACUGCGCAUGCGCCUACCUAAUCUUCAAUUCAAGACGAAUUCCUACGGGUAGCGUGAAAACUUUGCCAAAUUCUUCCUGCUCAAUGGUCUGUUCAACGGACCCACCCUCUCCAGUGGACAACCGCGAUCUUCUUUCCAAAGCAUAAUUGUUUUAUAUCUGAUAUUAGUUAUUUCUUGGCGCAGCUUUGUUCCGCUGCCUAAUUAGCUGUGGCGAAAUGGAUGAAACAGGGAAGGGGACGUCUUUUCAGCGUAUGCCAUGAACAUCAUCAGGGGAGUCCUGCUGUCCCAGCCCGGCCAUCUUUACCCUACACACAAACAGAGAGAGAGAGAGAGAGAGAGAGAGAGAGGGUGCCACAUGGAUGAUCAACAGAACUGCCACGCGUCACGGAGAGUGGGUCCCACAGCCCCUGACCGUAGCUACCCGGAAAAUGAAAAGGUGAGUUAUGGGCCUUUGGCACUCCGGCUUAUGAUUUAAUUAUGUCGGAAAUUGUAUGCGAGAUAUUUCCCUCUGAGAAGAGCCGCAUGCUGCCCGGAGCAAUGGGCUCCGGGCUUCCCGUGAGACAGCGAUAUAUCGUAAUAGAGACCAUGCGACCUUGCAAAUUAGAGGCAUGAGCGACGCACGGACCAUUUCAAGAAUAAUUUAUCUUUUCAGUCCUGUCGGAACGCAGCCAUGUUGAAUUCAUGCUCGGUGGUAAUAUCAGUUGGGGGGUUAUCCAUUUACCAAAGUUAAACCAUGCAAGUGCAUCAUCACAUUGGGCAAACAAGAAAAAAAAAAAGAAAAAGAAAAAGAAAAAAAACCACAGCUCCUCGCUCCUGGUUCUUCUUUCCCUGCCCAUAAAGAGUCAAGAGCCUCUUCGUUGACAUCUAUCUAGUCUCGCAGAUCCCAUGUACAUGUCAACUCACAACUAGGAGAUCCCGUUUACUUGGGACCGUAGGAGAACACACCAUGGGCAUGGACAUGGACGUGGACAUGGACAUGGACGUGGACAUGGACAUGGACGUGGACAUGGACAUGGACGUGGACAUGGACAUGGACGUGGACGUGGGCAUGGACGUGGACGUGGACAUGGGCAUGGACGUGGACAUGGACAUGGGCAUGGGCAUGGGCAUGGGCAUGGGCAUGGGCAUGGGCAUGGGCAUGGGCAUGGGCAUGGGCAUGGACCUGGACAUGGACAUGGCCAUGGAGGGGGAGCUUAA